GCUGUUCGAUUGGAAAUUAAAAGUGGUUAUUUUCCAGACAUUUACCACCCUAUGUUCCGAAAUACUAUUCAGCUGCAUUUUUCAUCAACAUUUGUGCGCCAAAACAGCUGCACAGUUUUGUUUACCGAUUGUUAAAUUUUUAUUAUAUGUAAUUAGAAAUCUCAAGAAAAAAGUUGGACACAAACGUUCAUAAUGGGCGAAGCAGGCGUCGAGAUGGAGAUUAUGGAAAUAGGCGAUAUUAUGAAGCCACAUGAAAUAACUUUCCAGCAUGCAAUUGAAAUUUCAUCCUUAGUUACGGAGCGUACAAUUGGGCCAGACUUACCCAAAGCACAAGAAGAAAAAGCGAAAAUUGCAUCCAGCACACCUAAGAAAACAACGCCACAAAAACCAAAAUCGCCACAAAAAAACGAAAGUUCGUCUAAGCUAAUAAUACCCGUGUUAAAACCAUCCACGGUAAGUAGCAAGUUUCAAAAUACCAAAUUGCGCUAAUUUGAUUUAAAUUUAAGUCAUUAGACUAUGAACUUGUCAGCGCUACAAUGUUCCUGCGCGACGCGGAGGAGAAACGCAAAAAGCAAGUGCGUCAGCAAAUGCACGAAAUGCAGGAAAGACAAUUGGCAGUAUUACGCGACAAUGCAUUGCGUCAGCGUGAGCAGCACAGCAAGCUGGUGCAAGAGUUAAUCGCGGAGAGACUACGUACUGACGCACAGAUCAUACAAAAGGCUGAAAAGCAGACAGCGCUCGAAGUACAGGAAAACGAACGCGAAAUGGAUGCUAUGCGCCUAAAUGCCAAACGUCAACUACAACUGUUUUCAUUUCAAUGUGUUGCAAAGUAUCACAGCGUAUUUCGCAGUAAAUAUGAAGCAGUUGCCAAGGCGCUCAUAUCCAUCGAUAAGCAAUCGUUGCUGCCGUGUAAUGAUUACAACCGUCAGUUGAAAGAAUUGGUCGAGCUAUUUGAUCAGCUCACAAGUAAAAUAAAAACAGAUGAAUGUGGUGCGGCAGAGCUGAAACUUGCCGAUAGCCUAUGCAAUAAGAUGGAUGAUUUGCAUAAUACAAUACAUGACGAUCUGGAUAAAUUGCUGAAGCAACAAGAGCAAGCUCAACUAGAAGAGCAACGCAAAGCGGCGGAAGAACAAGCGUUGGCUACCGUAUUGGCAUUAUCACAAACGGCUGAAGUACCAGCUGAAGCCGUAACACCACCACCAACGUCCAGUGCAGAACAAGCACAAGCGGCCUCUCAAGCACUAGACGCACAACAGAGCCAGAGUGUUGUGCCACAACAAAUGUUGGAAACGCAACAAACCAUGACGUCGCAACAAACAAUGCAACCACAACAACCAACACAGUAUGUAGCGCAGCAACAAACAGCGCAGUUGGAGCAAGUGAGCCAAACCGUAGUACCCACAAGCGCCCAGGAGCCAACAGCAGCAUUGGCAUUCUAUCAGGGGAUUCACAGUUUCUAUCAAGAAAAGGUUGAUAGCGUGAAACCACUGCAGACUGAUGAGAAUAUGAAAAAAUAUCGAUUCGCUUGCCAGAAAGCAAUCAAUAUACCGUUAAAUGCCAUCUCUGCAGUCAGCCCACAACAUUUGCAGGAUAAAUUCGAACGUAUAUUUAACUUUCUCAAUGGACAACCGCUCAAAACUGCAGAUGGACAAGUCAGCGCCAAUGAUCAUCCCUUGGGACGCAACUAUUGUCUACUACUAACAGCGAAACGGUUUGUUAAUCAAGGUGAGACUGCAAUUUCAAGCAAUCCACAAGCCGCCUUCCCAGUUGCUUCAGUUGUGGUUUCACUAUGGAAGCUUAUACCAGAUUUUGGCAAACUUUUCUUAGCAUAUAUAUAUAAGGAGUCGCCGUUUUUGGUGCCCUUACGUGGCAAAUCGGUGGAAGAGUAUAACGAUCUGAAACGUCAAGCGGGUAUAACACGUUUAUAUGCCGCUGUCAUGAUAACAAAUGGACGACGGGCUGAAGGCCCUGAACACCCAUACGGGCUGGAGCACGCUUGGCGUUGGCUGGUAGACUUUAGCAGUCUUGAACCGCUGCCCGACAUUAGUGCUACAUUAAUUUUAGAGAUGCUACAAACACUCGGGUUUUCAAUGUGCCGCGCCUAUGGCAGACAAUUUACCAAGCUGCUUUUACACAUACAACGCGAUUAUUUCGCAAAACUAUCACAGGUGGAUGAAGGUGGUCCGCGUACGCGCUUAGAAAUGCUCUUCAUGAAUUAUUUGAAUCAGAAACAGAUUCCUGAGCCACAAGGAAUGCUACCACCCUCUUUCUGGUAAUCGGCCGUCGUAUUUUUAUUCUGUUUUAUCCUGUACAAUUAUUGUCGUACCGCUGUUGUGCUUGUAACAUUUUUUUUGUUUCAAAAGUUACACAAACAAAUUUGAACUCAAUGAAGAUAACAUUUGAGAGCAUAAUAACGGAAUUUAAAUAAAUUGUCACAUUCCCUGCUAAAAUAAUUAGUUGAGUGUGCUCCAAAAUUUUGCAAAUUCCA